AUCAGGUCGGUCGAUGUUGCGGGGUGCGGACGCAGUUCGCGUUGCUAAUGAGACGAAGAUGGAGGCGGUGCCGGUGGAUCAAGGUGGAGCAGCAGAAUUGGCACCUUGCAAAAUUUGUGGACGAACUUUUUUGCCAGCAGUGCGGUUAAAGCAUGAGCCUAUCUGCCAAAAAAGUGUUAAUAAGAAAAGGAAGACCUUUGACUCCAGUAGGCAGCGAGCUGAAGGAACUGAUAUUCCCACCUUAAAACCUUUGAAACCCAGGCCUGAGCCUCCCAAAAAACCCUCAAACUGGAGAAUGAAACAUGAGAAUUUCAUUGCCACCAUCAGAGCAGCCAAAAAAAUGAGUCAAACAGUGAAGGAUGGAGGUUCCCUUCCGCCACCACCUCCGCCUUUAUAUGAUCCAGAUUAUGUCCAGUGCCCAUACUGCCAGAGAAGAUUUAAUGAGAAUGCUGCAGACAGACACAUUUCUUUCUGCAAAGAACAAGCUGCUCGCAUUACCAAGCCGAAACAUGCUAGUAGCAAAGGGAAACAAAGCACUCCAGCACAGCAUCGGUCUCCAGUGUUUAAGAAGACUAACUCACCAGUCUCAACACCUGGUGCAUCAACACGGAUUCCCCAGCCUUCUGUGGGUGGGAAAAGUGGAUUUUCUACCACCAAAAGUAACCUAACAGCAACCUAUGAAAAUAAACUUCGAGAUGGAUCACCAGCAAAACGGAGUUCAUCUGGUGUUGGUAAUAUAGCUGGAGCAUUAGUUCAACCAACUGGAGGUUUACCCAGUAACACCAGAUCUCGAACACAAACACCACCAAGUGGAAUGAGAAACGUUGCUGGAACAAGCUCAGUGAACAAAAAGACCUACAAUGCGGAAAACUACAUAAGGAAUAAUGUGAAAUCUGGUUCAGACAGCAGGGACAGUUCCCUGCAUUUUAAUGAUGGAAUUACGAAAGUCAGUGUUAGAAGUUCAGCUGGACAGCAAUUGCCAAGAUUUUGUCAUGAAUGUGGAACCAAGUAUCCUGUCGAGUGCGCAAAGUUCUGUUGUGAAUGUGGAGUGAGAAGGAUGACCCUUUGAUCAUGCAGUAUAAGUACAUUCAAGGAAAACAUGUUGAUGCAAUUUUCAAAGCUCAUCACUCUUAAGCUUUGCACUGCUCAAUGAUACAUUACCAGGUUUAAACAACUGUCAUGAAAAUUUACAUAAAUGCAUCUUGUAAUGGCACAGUACUUUAAUCUCUGAAUUCUGUGCUGUGCAAAGUAGAAAAUGUGAAAUAGUAAGAUUCACUAAUUUGGAGAUAAAUCCUCUUUUUGCUGUGUUGUUUACAAUUGGCAAUCAGAUUAUAGCAGAAUUCUUGGAUUUCUGUUCACUUGACUGCACUAAAAUUGCAGUCAGCCUGGUGCCUUCACCAUGAAUCUUAGGCUGGGAGAAGGAAAGCAUGUAGUCAAUGAGUGUUUACUGUGUGUAUUGUAGAGAAAGUUUCUCUAGUCAGGUAAAAGAACAUUCAGCAUCUUUUGUGUCUAGUAAUUUGCAUAAUAAUAGUUAAAUGAAGAAAUUAAACAAUUUAAUUGGGACGGGAAGGAAGAAAACUUACCCCUAGUUUUACUUGUGGCUCAGCAUUGAGUUUUCAUCCAAAUACAACAACAAACCAGCCAUUCAUCGAAUACAUUAUAAAUUUGGCAAACCAAUUAAUAAAGAAAAAUUAAAACUGAACAUAUAAUAUGAACAUAACAGCUCACGAGUUAAUAAGAGUUGUGAGCUUGCUCAGCAAGUAUAUGUAAAAUCAAAUCUAAGCUUUACCUCAUUUAUCUAUUCGUUAAUUUAAAACUACGAGUCACAUUAUUGUACAAAAUGAUUUAAAAAACAGCAAAUUAUGCAAAUACAAAAUUACUGGAGUUUGAAGUGUUUGUGGAUGUUUUCGGUAUAAAAUGUAUUAUGUUGGUGAUUGUAUAUAGCUUUUAGGAUGAUACACUACGAAAUGAUAAAUGUUUAUUUCAACUACUGACUGUUUCUAAUAAUCUGAAAUAAUUAAAACACUAGGUGGUUAUACUGUUGAUGAAACUACUUAUAGAUAGAUUAUUGUGACAAUGCAAGACUAUCAUUGAAGAGCUCACCUCGUCUCCAAAGGCAAACCUAAAUCACAUAUACUGGCAUAUACCAGCAUGAUGCUGUUGAAUUACAAUUCUUUUGCCUUGCAAUUUUAUUUGAAGCUGCUGAGUUAGCUCCUCAAUUGUCUAUUGUACCCGUGAACACACGUGUUUUUCACGUGUCAAGGGUGUUUCAUGUGAAUAAUUUGUUUCUAAUGAGAAAAAUGAAUCCAACAUUAAUGUUAAAACAUUCAAAUUUAAUAUACCAAAAUCAUAAGUAUUGCUGAAAAGACAGGGCUAGUUGAUAUUUUCAGAUUGGUCUAAUUCAUUAAAGUACGAGCUUUGAUUCUUUGAUUGACACUCGCCUCUGAAUCAGAAAGUUGAGGAUUCAUGUGUCACUCCCAAGGUUUGAGCUUGUAAUCUGGACUGAUAAGUCAAUGCAGUCCUUAAAAUCAUAAGAUGUAGAAGCAGAAGUAGGCCAUUAAGUCCAUCAAAUCCAAGAAGUGUUCCACUGUCCCAGCUGCUGUGCUAUCUUUUGCAUAAGACAUGAAAGGGGUUCUAACAUAAAUUUUUGGGGAUGUACUAGUUUCCAGCAAUCCUGACAUAGGAAGAUCUAAACUGGUGAAUCAAAGACCCAUCUGCCUUCUCAGGUGAAGUUAGUAAGAUCUCAUCACUAUUUGAGAAUGCACAGGGAGGUUCUGCUGACAUUCUGCUGAAUAGCUACCCAUCAGCCAAAAUAAUUUUCAGAAACAAUAACCAGUUAUUUCUCUCAUUGCCGCUUUGGGGAUACGGCUGUUUCCUAUAUUUUCUUAUAAGAUGACUGCAUCUGAAAAGUACCGAAUCAUCUUUGAGCUCAUUUGAAGUUUGUGGGAAGUGUUGUCGAAAUUAAAGUUCUUUUGAUCAUUAAUAUGAAAAUGUAAAAAUAGUCACUAAUAUGAUUUAGUAAUUGCUGACACUUAUUGGAAAUAGCACAAUAAAGUAAUACUGUUUAUUUUAAGAAAACUCCUUCCUUCAUUUAAAACAAAGUUAACAUACUUUUAAAAAGUGCCAAGGAAAGAGUUUUAAGUUUGUAUGUUGGUAUCACAUGGAGUAAUCUUGAUGUCUCUUAAGCAGGGGCAGAAAUUGAAACAUGAUAAAGCUAUUUGCUCAGAAGUAUCACUGCAGUUUCUCGAUUGUAAGUAGAAAGUAAAGGCUCCAAUAUGCAAAUACUGAAUGUUGAUUAUAUUUGAAAGCAGUUGUAAACUGUUGCUGAUGUUAUUACCUGUUAAUUAACACUGUGCUCUUUCUUUCUCACUGUAAGUUGUACACUACUGCAUGUUUUGAAAAAUGUGAAUCAAUAUGAGAAUGGCUUUUAAAUUCUUAUCAUACUGCUUUGUCAAUUAUUUUCCCAUGUACUAGGAAGACGUCUGACUAGAAAUAACAUAAACAAAGUUCUUCUUACAUUUCCUGAAGAAAGGUCCCGACCCAAAACAUCAACUUUCCUGCUCCUCUGAUGCUGCCUGGCCUGCUGUGUUCCUGCAGCUCCACACUGUGUUAUCUCUUACUUCUUACAUUAAAUGAUGUAAUUAACACUCAAAACAAGAUGUAACACUCAAAAAAAAUAGGUGGGUUAAGUUUAGCUCAUAUUAAAAUUUUAAAAUCUGAAACAUCACAGGAGGCAUAUUAGCAAUUUUAAUAUUUCAGUGAGGCAGGCAAAUGCUAUCAAAAGUGCAAAGCAGCUUAAAUCACUGACCAGUUGGGAGGGAGAAGAAGACAUCUUCAGGAAGAAGUGCCUUUACUGCGCUUCUGUUGGCCAAGAGGUGCAGGAAUAUUGAUUGUCAGUGUCUCCUCCCCACCACAGGAAUUGGACACCUCACACUCCAGUUUACUGAUAAAUAGUAAGCCUUCAUUUAAAGUUGUGGUUGCAUUACUGAAAAUCACAAAUUAAAUGAAUCUAAUUUAAGUGAAACACAGUUUCCCAUUGGAAUAUAAAGGUUAAAGCUAAACUCCCCCUGAAGAAGUUUUAAUUGACCAGGCUCCAUCUGGUGGCAGAUAUUUGACUAACCUCUGCCAUUAAAUGGAGCCUAGGACUUUAGUGCAAGUUCAGGAUAGCAAACAGGUGAGAGUGGACACUGACAAAAGGUAAAAGCAGAGGGCAGGAAUAGGAGCCAUGUUGGGGUUGGGAAGGGGUAAAAUCAAGAAAGCCUGAGGACAGAGGAAGGCCAGAGAAACUGAGUGCAACAGCGAAAACAUGGGGGUAAUGUUUUGAGUGCAGGUAGACCACUCAAAGUCUGCCAUACAACUUUAAACUGAAAUUCAAUAACAAACAAAUAUAUUGGCAUCUUUAUUAAUGAUUUUAAGCAAAAUAACUAACUGGGUCAACCUUUAACAGACAUUUACUGUAUACAAACGUCUCACACACAGAUCAGUGCCUUUGCUAUCUAAUUUGCUUGAGUAUGUGUGGGUGCAUAUAAUAAAGAUCCAAAGUAGUAUGCCAAUAGAAUUGCUAGUUUGUCAACUAUA